GUUGGGCCUCAGUUGCGAUCGGACUGCAUGCCGCUACAGUUAGGAAAUCGGAGGAAAAUCGGAAGCGAACAGCCCCCAAUCAAUACCGCUCAGAGUAGCUCGUUAAUAAUAAUAUUGAUAAUAUUUAUUCGAAAUUCGAAAGACCGGACUGUACAAACACACGCACUGAACCGAGUGAGGCACCGUCAAGUGUGCAGCAGCUUCUGUUUUAGUGCCUAAGUGCCGCAUAAAUACGUACUAAAAUAUUUCAAGAAUUUUAAGUGGAAACAUUCUCGAAUUCUGUGAACUUUCUCAAUUGUGUUUUGGUGAAAUAUUUACAUUUAACCGCGAAGGCGAGGGAGAUUCCACGGCAGAGACACUUUGGAUACACAGGGCACUACUAUUUGGCAAGAAGCUUUAUGGUAUUUCGUUUUUUGUAUUUUGUUUUGGAGCAACACACAGAUGUGAGGUGUUGCAGUCACAUCAAACACGAUCCGGAGAAUCCAACCUGCACCCUACGCAUCCGCCGAGUGAUCUAUGGAACGGGCGAUCAUCUACGCCCACGAUCACAGCUCCUUUGGUGACAAGAUGGCUGCCAUAAAUCCAUCAACUCGCUGAGUAAAUCACACGCCACCGCCCCCGAUAAUUAAAAGACGCCGCGGCGGCAUUGUUUUUGGGGGAAAGUAUUUCCGUUGCACCAACAAGAUAGGUGAUCAUCCGGAGGAUCAUCAGCAUCAGCAUCAUCGGCAUCCGAUUGCAAUCGCCGGCAAAGUGAUUUGGAGUGGAGGAUCACUUCAAAGGCAGACACAUGUUGUGCUAAAGAGGCAACUGUUGUUGUUUCCAUCAUAAAUUAGAAACUAGAAGAUCGCCGAUCUUCUUCCGCUGCGAGAGGGAGAGAGCGCGAUACAGAGCACAUAGAGCGGAGCACUCUAAAGUGGAUUUCCGGUGAAUAAAAAACCGACAGCAGCACAUGCGACAAAACUCCGGCAAGGGAGUUGCAGUUGCAGUUGCCUUUGCACUGGAGCAGUUCUUGCACUGAGAAGUGGCACUUUUAGGGUGCCUGCGCUGCCCCUCUGGCAAGAGUUACAAAAAUAAAUAUCCUCAAAAUGGCUGCUGCCUGGAGCUGGCGAGGCAGUCUCAGUCGCAGACGCAGUCACUCACCACUCAUAAUGUUGAACGGAUCGCUGAUGGUGAUGCUGUCGCUGCUCCUGUUGUGGCAUCAGUCGGUGCCGGUGGCAGGUCGUCGACAAAUCGCCAACAGCCAGGAAGUGUCAAAGGAUUACGAUAAUUUGGCUGGAAAAACAAAUAAAAGUUCAACGCUAACAACUAACAGCAGUAGCACAGCGACGGACUUGGCUGAUGGUGCUGCGGAUGAUGAUGACAAUAAGCCCGAUGUGCCAGAGAGCAACAACACGAAACCCUACUGGAAGUAUCCCAGAAAGAUGAGCUCCUUGCAGACGCGACCCUCGGGCUCCCUGCUCGCUCUGACCUGUCACGCUCUGGGCAACCCGGAGCCGAACAUCACCUGGUACCGCAACGGAACCAGCGAGUGGAGCCGCAGUUAUGGCAACAUCAAAAGGAAUCGCUGGACCCAAACCAUGGAGGAUCUGGUUCCGGAUGACUCCGGGAACUACACCUGCAAGGCGUGCAAUUCCCUGGGCUGCAUCCGGCACGACACCCAGGUGAUUGUGAGCGAUCGCGUGAACCACCGACCCAUCCUGAUAAACGCUCCAGCUAAUCUCACCCUGGUGAUCAACGGCAGCGGACACAUGUACUGCAAGUACCUCUCUGACCUGACCAGCAAGAAGGCCUGGAUCUUUGUGCCCUGCCAGGGGAUGACUAACUGCUCCAACAAUCGCACCGUCAUGGGUUACGACCAGGAUCGGCUGGAGUUUGUGAACGUAACGCGGGAGCAGGAGGGCUGGUACACCUGCAUCGAGAGCAACAGCUUGGGGCAGACCAAUAGCACUGCCUACCUUCGAGUGGUCCGAAGCUUGCAUCUUCUGGAGGCUGGGGUGGCCAUAGAGCGCACCAACCUAAUGUACAUCUUCAUCUUCGGGGGAUUGCUCUUCAUCAUCAUGUGCACCUCGUUCGUGUUCUAUGCAGUGCGUAAAAUGAAGCACGAGAAGCUUCUGAAGCAACGAAUAGAAACCGUCCACCAGUGGACCAAGAAGGUUAUCAUCUUCAAGCCCGAGGGCGGAGGCGACUCGAGCGGCUCCAUGGACACCAUGAUCAUGCCCGUGGUGCGUAUCCAGAAGCAGCGCACCACCGUCCUGCAGAGUGGCAACGAGCCGGCUCCGUUCAAUGAGUACGAAUUUCCGCUGGACUCGAACUGGGAACUGCCGCGGAAUCAGCUCGUGCUGGGCGCCACCCUGGGAGAGGGUGCCUUUGGCAGAGUGGUCAUGGCGGAGGUGAACAACGCCAUUGUGGCUGUGAAAAUGGUCAAGGAAGGGCACACGGAUGACGACAUAGCCAGCUUGGUGCGGGAAAUGGAGGUGAUGAAGAUUAUCGGACGCCACAUCAACAUCAUCAACUUGCUGGGAUGCUGCAGUCAAAGCGGUCCGCUCUAUGUAAUCGUCGAAUAUGCUCCCCACGGCAAUCUUAAGGACUUCCUCUACUCCAAUCGACCCUAUGGCAGGGACCAGGACAGGGAUAGCUCUCAGCCGCCGCCAUCACCGCCAGCUCACAUGAUCACCGAGAAGGAUCUGAUCAAGUUCGCCCACCAAAUCGCCCGGGGAAUGGAUUAUCUGGCGUCCCGGCGCUGCAUCCACAGAGAUCUGGCCGCCAGGAACGUGCUGGUCAGCGAUGAUUACGUGCUGAAAAUAGCCGACUUCGGCCUGGCCAGGGACAUCCAGAGCACAGACUACUACCGGAAGAACACGAACGGCAGGCUCCCCAUCAAAUGGAUGGCCCCAGAAUCCCUGCAGGAGAAAUUCUACGACUCGAAGAGCGAUGUCUGGUCGUAUGGCAUUCUCCUGUGGGAGAUCAUGACCUAUGGACAGCAACCGUAUCCUACGAUUUUAUCGGCAGAGGAGCUCUACAGCUACUUGAUGUCGGGUCAGCGGAUGGAGAAGCCAGCCAAGUGCUCCAUGAAUAUCUACAUUCUCAUGCGACAGUGCUGGCACUUCAAUGCCGACGAUCGGCCACCCUUCACGGAGAUCGUGGAGUAUAUGGAUAAGCUGCUGCAGGCGAAGGAGGAUUAUCUGGAUGUGGACAUAGCCAAUCUGGACACACCGCCCUCGACGAGCGACGAGGAGGAAGACGAAACGGACAACCUGCAAAAGUGGUGUAAUUACUAAAUGCAUAUAAUAAGUACUAAGAAAUAUGGCUACCUUCGACACCCUCCCCACCCGA